AUGCUACCAGCAACUGCUUCACCAUCUGCUAACGGGGAUGCCUUUGAUCAUCUCCUUCACUGGGACAGGGAGGAAGGAGAUACAAUCGUCGAGUGGGAUCAAGAAGGUUGGAGCGAAGAUGAUGAGGAAGAGGAUGAUGAGGACGAAGGAGCCGCUAGCAUUCAUGCCGUCGAUGGAGAGGUAGAAAGCAUCGCCAAUGGCCUCGAAUACAACUCGCUUGACGCCGAAGAGGUGGCAAUUAGGCAACUUCACCAGCACUCGCGGGAACGAGCCGGAAAAGUGCCAAAAGAGGUCGUCAUCGGCAUAAUAAAUGAGAGCAUAGAAGCUUUCAUGAAUGAGUGGUCUCCUAGCAAGAUUAAUGAAAUAGCACCGGAAAGCAAGGAGCAGUCGCUCGAUCCGAUUCGUCUAUGGGAGGAUGGAGAAGCGCUUAACCGUAGAGGGGAACUCAUCGAGAAAUACAAGUUCGAAGUUCGACUCUUCGAAAACAAGCUGGACAGAUUGGCGGAAGAGAUCUGCAAGAUCCCUCAGAAGUCAGAGAAACAAACGCGCCAACACUGCAGGAACCUGGAAAUGCAUGUGCACAACCUUGAAGCAGCUAAGUGGUACCUGUCCAUCUAUGAAUUGCCUCCGGCGGACACUGGGGACGGCAGCGAUCAUGAGCAGCAUCGUAUACCUGCAACUCAAGGAUCGACUUCAGGACAUGACGCUGAGGUCAUUGAUCUUGGAUCAAGUCCAGAAUCUUCACAACACGGAGACGAAAGAGAAAUGCUUGUGGAUGCUGAGGAACCGGCCGUUACACAAUGUACUCUUGCUAAUCCCUCGACUAUGACAUCAGACCUCACCGCACCGAGAACUCUUGAACUCGUACGGUUGAAGAGCACAGUUACAGAGUCUGAGGGUGUCUCGCCGAUUGACCCAGAUGGAGCCUCAGUCUCGCCUGCCGCAAGACAUGCAGAGUCUAGGUCACGGAAGUCGCAGAAGGGUCGUGGAAGUCGACCGGAAAUCGCAUCUAUUUUGACUGUGUCAGGUUGGGACAUGCAAGACCUGGUCGCGGCUAAGGACCGUAAGAGAAUCAUCAUGAAAGUGAUGCUCGGCAUGAGUCGAGAAGAGCGAGCGAUGAUCCAUAAAAGGAUCAGAGCUUUGAAAAAGGCGAAUCUACUCAAGGAGAUCAGUACAUGCAUCGACAUGCUGUACCGGAAAGAGCAGAAGAUGCUGGGCGUGUUGCCAUCCGAUCUACCAAAGAUCAUGGGAAUGACAAGUUUCUUUCUGUGCUGGUGGCUCGCGGACGACUACAUGCGUAAAACACCAUCGGACCAACAACUCCACGAACUGGUGACUGGGCUCCACCAAUGCGAUGACCUUUCAACCUUCUAUGACUGGGUGUAUUUCAUCCUAAACAGAAACUUCAGCGAGGAAGCAUUUCGCAAUGCACAGGCCCCAUCCCAGGAAGAGAUUAUCGUGAUCUCUGACGACGAUGAAUCGAAGUCUGCAAAAUCACUAUCACGGAAGGAACAAACGCCGAGACGAGUGCAAGCACGGCAUCUACCCCAAGACAACGUCAUAACGCUGGAUUGA